CCUCCAUUCGGAGACCAGAAUACCCCAUGAUCAUGGAAGGCUCAUCACCUUGAGUCUGGCGCCUUAGACCACUCGGCCAUCCUGACAACUAGUAAAACAGGCGAGCCCGUUAUCUUUAAAAACACAACGAUAACGUUUCACAACUGUUUUUAUUUUCGUUUCAUUCAAUACAAUGUACAAAUGUACGAAUAUAACAUAUGAGAUAUUGUUUAGAUACACAGACAGUUAUUUAGCUAACUUACUGGAAGCCAUUAUUGCUACAUACGGCGGCAGUUUGUGGCUAACCUCAGCUAACGUUAGCAAUCAACCUCCACAUUAGCUAAGAUAGCAAGAUGAUAUUAAUUGCCAGCUAGCUACCAUUGCAGACAUUAAGAAGUGAACUAUUUACUUGGCCAGAAAUUACAUGCUUUUAUAACCGAAGGCUGCUGAGCCAAUUCAACUCGAGAUAGGUGACACGGAGCUAGUUUAGCAGGUAGGCUAGCAAAUGUAGCCUUAUUAGCAGCUAGCGAGUAAACACAAACCCAGCCAGUGAACUCCAACAUACUGACAGUUAUCCAACCAGUCAUCCUUACAAAACACACGGGGCGUGCCACACAUGUAAAGCCAUCAUCCGAUUCAGUGUUUGACACAAUUCUGCUGCACCGGGGUGCCUGGAAGUGUAUACGAUUCCCCCCGAAAAUGUCAAUCUACAGAAACGCGGUCUGGUUUGUAAAAGGACUCCAGGAGUAUACGAAGAGUGGAUACGAGGCCGCAGCCAAGCACUUCAACGCCGCUGACCUGGAAGUGAACCUGAAGGGAAGGUCGUUCGUCAUCACAGGGGCGAACAGCGGGAUUGGCAAAGCAGCCGCACAAGAAAUCGCCAACAGAGGUGGGACUGUCCAUCUUGUGUGCAGGAACAGGGAAAGAGCAGAAGCCGCCAGAAAUGAAAUCAUUCAGCAAAGCAACAAUCAGGAGGUCCAUGUGCACAUUGUGGACAUGUCCAGCCCGAAACAGGUGUGGGAGUUUGCUACUGGAUUCACUCAGAAACACAGCAUCAACGUACUGGUGAAUAAUGCUGGUUGUAUGGUGAAUCAGCGGGAGCUAACGGAGGAUGGACUGGAGAAGAACUUUGCCACCAACACUCUGGGCACAUACAUCCUGACUACAGCGUUAAUCCCUGCCCUGAAGCAGCUGCCAGACCCACGUGUGGUGACUGUAUCCUCUGGGGGGAUGUUGGUUCAGAAGCUGAAUGUUGAGGAUCUGCAGUUUGAAAAAGGAGCAUUUGAUGGGACCAUGGCUUAUGCUCAGAACAAGAGGCAGCAGGUGACUCUGACGGAGCGCUGGGCCCAGCAGCAUAAAGACAUCCACUUCUCCUCAAUGCACCCGGGCUGGGCCGACACUCCAGCGGUGCGCACCUCAAUGCCUGACUUCCACGCUAAGAUGAAGGACCGCCUGCGUUCUGAGGCCCAGGGAGCGGACACCAUCACCUGGCUCUGUGUCAGCAACGCCGCCCUCAGCCAGACCAGCGGGGCAUUCUUCCAGGACCGUAAGGCAGUGAACACACACCUCCCCCUGGCCUCCACCAGGCCGUCCGCUGCUGAAGAGGAGCGACUGCUGACGCAACUGGACACGCUGGCACACAAGUUCAAGCCUUCAACAUGAGACACACACACACAGCCCUAAUACACACACACACACACACACACACACAC